AUGGCGAAGAUUAUCACAAAUUCCCUUUUUCUACUGCUUGGAGCUCUUUCUUUCGUAGCAACGAUCCAAGGCCAGGAUCAAUCAGGAUUUAUUAGCAUAGACUGUGGAUUACCUGAAAAUUCUAACUACACAGAGAAGAAUACAGGAAUCAAUUACAUUUCAGAUGCUAAUUUCAUUGAUUCUGGAGUAAGUAAAACUGUGUCGCCCCAAGAUAAGACUACUCAUCAACAAUACUUUACUUAUCUUCGGAGCUUUCCUUAUGGAACAAGAAACUGUUACAGAAUAAAUGUAACAAGUGCUACUAGAUAUUUAAUCAGAGCUAGUUUCCUGUACGGAAACUACGAUGGUCUUAAUAAGCUUCCACAAUUUGAUCUUUAUCUUGGAGUUCAUUUAUGGGACAAUGUGAAAUUCACAAAUUCAUCAGCCAGCAUAAACUAUGAAAUCAUUCACACUCUAUCGCUGGAUUAUGUCCAUAUCUGUUUGGUUGACACAAACAGUGGGACGCCAUUCAUUUCAGUCAUAGAAAUGAGGAUUUUGAACAAUGCUACUUAUAUCACUGAAGAUCCAACUACGUCAUUGGCACGAUUCCGAAGGUUGGAUUUUGGUAUCACCAACUUAACAUACAGGUAUAAAGAUGAUAUAUAUGACCGAAUAUGGGAGCCUUAUUGGGACGACAAGUGGACACAAUUAAGCAGCAGUCUUAGCAAUGAUGAGUUUGAUCAGAAUCACUUUAAACCACCAGCAGUUGUGUUGAAGACUGCAGCUACACCAAAAAAUGCUACUGCCUCAUUAGACUUCCAUUGGGAGGAUGAUUUUGCAGAUAACAAUAAUGGAGCUCAGCACCAAUACUAUUUCUACUUACACUUCACUGAGCUUCAGCAGCUGGGUGCAAAUCAAACAAGAUCAUUCAAUGUCACCAUAAAUGGCUUGCCUUAUUGGGAAAAUGUGGGACUCACAUAUGCUUCUGAACUCACCAGAUAUACUAGAGGCCCUUCGUAUGAAGGCAAAAGGCAUCACAUUUCACUUUUCCGGACAGAAUCUUCCUCCCUUCCACCCAUCAUCAAUGCUCUUGAGAUUUAUCUAGUGAAGGAUUUCUCAUCACAGUUAGAAACCCAAAAAGAUGAAGUGGAUGCAGUCACAAAUAUCAAGAGGACUUAUAAGGUGGACAGUAGAAACUGGCAAGGAGAUCCAUGUGCCCCCACUACAUACAAGUGGGAUGGUGUAGAGUGUAGCUCUUUUAAUGGCUUUCAAAGAAUCACAUCCUUGAAUUUGUCUUCAAGUGGACUAACCGGACAUAUACCUGCUGAUAUUUCCAAGCUUACCAUGUUAAAGUCUUUAGAUUUAUCAAACAAUGACUUAAGUGGGAGUAUUCCAUCUUUUUUGGCACAACUGCAAUCACUGGGAUACUUAAACUUGACGAACAACAACCUAACAGGUUCAGUUUCAAAUGAACUCCUUCAAAAACAAAGUGAUGGUCUAUUAUCCUUGAGUGUGGGGAAAAAUCCAAAUCUAUGUGCAUCAACUUCAUGCAACCCGCAAACAAAUGAUACAAGAAAGAAAGAGAAUAAUGUAGUUAUUGCAGUGGUAACAUCAAUUGCAGGGAUAUUGGUGGUUCUAGUGAUUACAGCAGCAGUUAUAAUCUUUCGCCAAAGCAAGCGAUAUGCUGCUGCUACAAACAUUAUUCUUGGGAAGCGGCGUAAUUCCAUAAAGGGGUCAGAAUUGGAAUCCAGGCAACGACAAUAUUCAUUUAGUGAGGUUAUUAAAAUGACGAACAACUUUGAUAGGAUUCUUGGCAGAGGUGGGUUCGGAACAGUUUACCACGGCUUUAUUGAGGACAUUCAAGUGGCUGUCAAGAUGCUUUCCCUAUCUUCAGUUCAUGGAUAUCAACAAUUUGUUGCAGAGGUUAAGCUUCUAAUGAGAUUGUUAACUGAUAACUAUCUAUACAUGCAUGGUGGAAACUUAAAUCCAGGAUUGGAAUAUCUGCAUAAUGGUUGUAAGCCACCUAUAAUCCACAGAGAUGUAAAAUGCACAAAUAUUCUAUUAAAUGAAAACUUCCAUGCCAAACUUGCUGAUUUUGGAUUGUCCAAAUGCUUUGCGGCUGACGGCGAUACGCAUGUGUCGACAAUUGUAGCGGGAACUCCAGGCUACCUAGAUCCUGAGUAUACAACAUCAAACAGAUUGACAGAAAAAAGUGAUGUGUAUAGUUUUGGAGUAGUUCUUUUAAGGAUAAUCACAGGUCAGCCGGUAGUAAUGGUAAGGGAAGACAUGAUUCAUCAUAUAAGUCAGCGUAUUAAUACAAUGGUUACUAGAGGGGAUAUAACAAAAAUUGUUGACUCAAGAUUACAAAAGGAUUUCGACAGCAACUCUGCAUGGAGAGCAGUUGAAAUAGCAAUGACCUCUGUGUCUGCCAUUUCAGUGGAAAGACCAUACAUGAGUGAUAUAGUGAAAGAGCUAAAGGAGUGUUUGGCUGCAGAAUUAGCUCGAAAACAUACUAGUUGUGACCUUCAAAAUGAAGAUUUGGUUGGGCAGGUGAGUCUAAACUUGAUUAGUACUGAUAUCACUCCCAUAGCUAGGUAGGUUCAUAGUUCAUUUCUAAUUAAUACUAUUACCACUGUACUAAAGUAAAAUAAAAUAGCUUCGGAAUUAUGUUGCAUUUUAAGUUCAAUUUGUUGUAACAAUAGCUAGCAAGUUAGCUAUUUUAUCUUUUAAUUUGUUGCUUUGCAUUUUAUUAUAUAUAACAAGAUCUGUUAUAUUCAGUUAUCAUCGAAUAAUUAAGUUUUGUGUCUUGUAUGUUUAGUGAGAUUAUCAUAAUAAUUUAUCUAAUAAUUGAAUUGAAAGAA